CACAAACAUUGGACUUUUGAGUAUCUGCUUCAUCAAAACAGGUCGAACUUCCACACCAUCAUCAAGAGGCGAACCGACUCUUCAAAAUAGACUACUCUGUUUAACCUAGUUGGGUUUCUUUCGAAUCCACCAUGCCCAGGCCAGACAAGCCCUGGUACGAGCUCUCCGACGAAUCCAGUUUCUACGGCAAUGACGAAGAAGUGUCCCACCUGGAAGAACUAGUCAGGAACAACGCUGUGGUCUCAUCCUCGCCAAAGCGAACACGGAAGUCUACAUCUCGGUCUAAACCCGUAAUGUCUGGCGACUCUGAUUUUGAUGUUGAGGUCACCUCUCCGCCGAGGGAACGGUCGUCGAGAAAGCAGAAAAAGGGGAUUAAAACUUCAUCGACCGGUCCUAAAUCCACACCCAAGGUCAAAAAGGAAUCAAAGACAAGUGAAUCAAAGGGCUUUGAGCCUGCUGAAAAUUCAGAAUCUGCGCCCGAGCCUGCAAAGAUAUCGCCCAAAAAGAAAAUCAAAGUAGAGGAUCCAGAGUCAACAGACACGGACUCUUCUGCACCAGAGCCCAAGAAGAAAUCGUCGACAAAGAAGCGAAAAGCAGACAGUUCCUCCCCGGCGGUCUCUGACUCCGCACCCCCACCCAAGAAGAAAUCCGUACAAAAACGUGAGUCCCCAGAAUCUACAGACUCAGGACCUCCAUCUCCGUCUCCGCCCAGAGAGCAGUCGCCAGAUGUAGCCAAUGAACCGGAGACCAAUCCGGCCGAUGAGUCUACUGAGAGCCCGGAGGAGUCAGACUCAGACCCGGACAAAGUCCAAACGAAUCAGCCGCUGCCCGACUUGACCGCACGCAUACCACCGUCAACUUCUAACAUCCAUGACACGGGACCCUGGAUCUACGUGAUGAAUCCUCGCUAUCAGGGACCACAAGAACCAAACGGCACCAGUUUCUGGGCCGAGGCGUCGGAGACAAUACUAAACAUGCCGGUGAGACGCCAGGGAGGGCGUGGUUCGGCGAAAGAGAUGAAUGAAACGCGACGGUUCAUGGAGCAAAACAUUCUUUGCCUGGCGCGACGAAAGGGUAUCGUGAUGGGGAAGUGGAUGUUCUUUCUGACGCGGGACCGGGUGGACUAUUUCUGGAAUGUAAUUGCCCAGGCCACGGAGAGAGGGGAGCUGGGACCAUCGGCGAAAGUAGCCACGGAUGACGGGUCGGGCAAGGCGCGCUUGCUUGCGGUCUACACGCGGGAUUUCGAGGACGUUGCCGAUGUGAGGAGGGUGGCGCAGAAGUUGGCCGAAUUGGGGCUGAUCAAGCCCCAUGAUCGGCCGAUUUACUACAAAACCAAUGCAUAUACUCUUUUGGAUAUCAAUUCUAAUAACCCAUGGGGGUUGAAGGCGAGCAUGUAUAAUAGCAGAGACAUGUUGGCGAGAAGGAUUUGA